AUGGCUAGCGGCGAACUGUUUCGCCCAGCGUUGGGCCAGGCCGCCCAACUCGGAGCCCUCUACGAUGCCCGCAGCGACACUUUCGUUUCUCAGCCGCGCUCGCUGUUCAAGCAGUGGCCUCCUGCGGAUGCCGUGGAUAUUCGUCUUUGCCGCUCAACAGAUGUCCGCACUGUCGAAGUCCGCACCUUCAAGGAGAGGUGCGCACAGCUCGAAGUCGACGUCGAGCUUGGAGGCAGUAUCCUUGCCGGACUCGUUCCUGUUGGCGGCUGUGCUCGGUACCUCGCCUCGCCCAACACCAUCCGCGGUGCUCAUACAUCCUUGAGGUACAAUGUCACCACCGUUGAUGAGAGGCUCAGUCUUGCCACUCCCGGAAUCAGGGAACAAUUCGCUUUCGAUACCCUCCAGACUGACAUCGCUACACAUGUUGUAAUCGGCGUCCGCUGGGGUGCCAACUACAUUGUCUGCCCCAACAGCCCGGGGGACACGGGGUGUGACAAGACUCCAGAGGCCUUGGCUAUCCAACAACUUGGCCAAAUACUGAGUCGUCCAACUCCUGGCUGGUUGGAAGAACCAGCUGUUACCCCCGAGGAACAAUACGGCUUUAGCUGGUCCGAGCUGUCAGUUUUUGGCGACCUGCUCUCAGAGAACAUGCCAGCUUCUGACAACGCGCGCUUUCAAACAUCUCGGGGCUUUAUCAAAGGUCUUCACCAAAGGAUCUCUACCACAAACGACGCCAAGGGCACGCCAAUCCAGUACACCCUUCUACCCUUGGCGUUUUUGGGUUAUUUUCAACUUUUGAACAUCCGGACCAAUCUCACUGUGCACCCAUCCAACCCGGAUAGUUUGGAGCGCUUCAUGCAGCAUUUCGAUGACGCCCAAACUGCGAGCGCAACGCUUCAGCGCUACGUAUCGAGGUGUCAACGAUACCCAAUCGCAGUACCUUCCAAUCACAUCCGAGACGUCGGCAAGCAACUCCAGGCAUUCAUCGCUGCCAACAAGGCGCUGAGAGUGGCACUGGGAAGAGUCCUACGGGAGCUCCGUUCCACUGGCGUCGACCCUGACCGUCUUGGGAAACUUCUUGGUGACUUCCACGCCCGGGAGACCCCAUCAUUCGAGAUUCGCUCCCUGGCCAAAUUCACAGCCAAGAUGGAUUUUGUGAAAGGAAUCUUGGACGAAGGGGCGCAAUAUGUUGGGUUCAAAGGCCGGCGGUUAGAUUCCUUGCUUGCGCAAAACCGUCAUGACGAUGUCUACAUUCUCUAUUUCACCGACGCUGUGCGGAGAAACUCGGAAAUUUGGGCCGACACUCGAAACCUGUUUUCCGAGUUGCUCAAGAAUGAUCACCGUCCAAAGAUGGUUGUGGCGGUUGAUUGCGAUGCGCUUGGCCAGUCUCUGGAGAAGCCUUACAUUUGUCAUCGUCGGCAUGACCGAGUGUUCGUCGAAGACCUCCUCGAACAUAGGAAGGUCUUAGCAGUCAACUGCGUCAUGCAAUAUAAUGCUGGGUCCCUUGACGCCACCCUCACCAGCAAGCCUUUGCAACGCCGCGCCGUUCGGAUUCCAUGUCCCCAUUUUUCCUGCGACGGAACGCUGCCUUGCAAUUGGAUCUGUGCCACUUGUCAGUCGCCAGUCGAGUACGGCUACGUUGACGAACAGCUGUAUUGCGAGUGCGGGGCCACCCCGUUCGACUGCUGGACCUUCAAGUGUAAUGAUCCUACCCAUGGGUCGACAUGGGCUAGUUAUGACAAGCAGGUGCUCCACGGACAACUCAAGGAUCUCGAACCUUUUGAGGACCUUAACAUCCUGAUUCUUGGUGAAACCGGUGUCGGUAAAUCAACUUGGAUCAAUGCCUUCGUUAAUUACCUUACCUACGACUCCCUCGACGAUGCAAUCCAGGCUGGAAGACUAGAGUGCUUAAUCCCCUGCUCCUUCAGCACGCAGCUGAAAGACCCCAACAACCCACGGGGACGAUUCGUUCAGAAGGACAUCAAAAUGGGGAAGAGCCAGUUCGAGAACGAUGGAGCGCGCGGCCAGUCUGCGACCCAGUGCACAGCGGUGUACGGCGUGACCAUCGGGAAGACUCGAGUCCGCCUCAUCGACACCCCGGGAAUCGGAGAUACGAGAGGCCUGGAGCAAGAUAACCGGAACAUGGCCGACAUUCUGAAGGUUCUCCGCAGCUAUGACAAGCUUCAUGGCAUCUUGGUCUUGCUGAAACCCAACGCGGCGCGCCUAACUGUCAUGUUCCGGUUUUGCAUCAAGCAGCUUCUCACCCAACUGCACCGUAACGCGGCCAACAACAUUGUUUUUGGCUUCACCAACACCCGGGGUUCAAAUUACACACCAGGUGACACUUUCAAGCCCCUGGAGGCCCUUUUGGCGGAAUACAAGCAAGUACAGAUGGGACUGUUCGAGCACAACGUCUACUGCUUCGACUCGGAGAGCUUUCGGUAUCUCGCUGCCCGUCAGAAGGGUAUCGACAUGGGCCUUGUGGAAGACAACACGCGCAGUUGGAGCCGCUCCGUGUCCGAGUCCAAACGUCUCUUGAAGCACAUCCGAGGCCUCACUCCUCACCAGGUCCGAAGCACCAUCAACCUGAACGAGACCCGCGACAUGAUUGUUAAAUUGACGGAGCCGAUGGCCUUGAUUGCCCAGAAGAUCCAAACCAGCAUCGCAGUCAACAAUGACCAGGUCAGAAUGUUGAACAAUGCAGAGCUCUCCCGCAGCCAACUCGAGAAGAGCCUCUACGUUCAGCGGGAGACGGUUGAGUCGUACGAGGUGGGCGACCCCCGCACGGUUUGCACGCAUGGAGAUUGCGUUGAGGUCCGGAACGACUUUGCUGGCCGCGAUGAGACAGUCGUCGUUUACAAAACGAUGUGCCAUAGGCCAUGCUACCUCGGCGGUCAAGUGAAGCGUAACCAGAAGGGGGACCCGAAACUCAAGGACUGUCAAGCCAUGUAUAGCAAUGGGUUUUGUUCGGGGUGCAGCCACAACUACUUGGAUCACAUGCACAUCUACUAUGAUUACCGACCCCUGACUUACCGGCAUGAAAAUAAAGAUGUGAGCAAAGAGCUAAUCAAGCACGCCUCAGACAUUGAGCUCCAGCAAGAGGCUAUCCGGCUCAGGGAGACGGCCAUCGCGGAAUUCAAGGUCGAACAUGCGCAGGUUCAAGAAGCCGCCAUUCAGUUUGGUUUCUUUCUGAAGCGCCACGCGAUCGAACCAUACAAUGACGCCACGAUAGAAUACGUCGACCACCUCAUCCAACAAGAGAAGCUCAAGGUCAAAAGCGGCGGGAAGAAACAGACGCUCAGCAUCCUGGAGAAAUACAAGGCCGAGCACCUGCAGAAAGUGGAAGCUCUGACUCGGGCCAUGGCGCGCGGCGACAUCGACAUCGUUCUCGACGACCAAGGAGCGCGUCAGCUCGUGGACAGUCUUUAUGGUCUACCUCACUUCGGCAAAGACCUGCAAAAGAUUGUCCAAGUCAACGAGAUGGCAGCAGACGCUGUCUUCAGAGAGAAGUCCUGCAAUGUCUCGGCUGGUCAGCACUGGGGCCGAAAGGAACGGCCGCGUAACCGCCCGAGGAGUGUCCGGGGCCAGCCGGACAAGCCGUCCUCGUCGCCGGCAGUGCCGAGCCCGGCGACGACGGGUCAAGUCACAGCUCCCAGGGGGGAUGCUGCGGGUCCCGUGAACCAACCCCGGGGUGAGUGGGACACAUACGUUCGCGGGGCGGCAGCGAAGGCCCUUGGGUAUUUUACUUCAAAGUGGCGUUAA